AGCGAGCGCCGCUGCUGCAGGGGGAGGAAGACGGGGAGGAGGAGCCGUGCGCGGCGGCCGCGGCGGCCGCCGGGGGAGCCGAGAGCCGGAGCGCGGGGAGCCGAGCCGGCACCCGGCCGGGGCCGCGGGCCGACUGCCGAUUGGCCAACGGCUCGUUUCCACCCUGCCUCGUUGGUGGCCACUGGAGAAGCGCGGGGGGCUCCCCAGACAGCCGUGGGGACAAGUUAGAGCCAGCACUUUGCCCCGGGCCUCGCGUGUAGCUUCCCGUCCCCUGCUCUAGGUGCCCCGGUGUCCGGAGGGGAGUGCGGGUGCGGGGGUGUGCCCUCCGUACAUGUCCCACCACCCGGGCCACCCUCUGGGCUUGUGUUCCAUCUCGCUCUCGCUUCCUGCACGGUGGUCGAGGGGAACCACUUUGCAUCAUGUCCCGGUAUAGCUACCAAAGUCUCCUGGACUGGCUCUAUGGGGGCGUGGACCCCAGCUUUGCGGGCAAUGGGGGCCCCGACUGUGCUGCCUUCCUCUCUUGGCAGCAGCGGCUGCUGGAAAGUGUGGUGGUCCUGACCCUGGCCCUGUUGGAGAUCCUGGUGGCCCUGCGGCACAUCCUGAGGCAGACGAAGGAGGACGGUAGGGGUGGCCGUGGCUGCCAGCCAGAGCAGGGGACCCAGCGGCCAGAGGAAGGCAAAGAGAGCCUAAGCAAGAAUCUGCUCUUAGUAGCCCUGUGCCUGACCUUCGGGGUGGAGGUGGGCUUUAAGUUCGCCACCAAGACCGUCAUCUACCUGCUCAACCCCUGUCACCUGGUCACCAUGAUGCAUAUCUUUCUUCUGGCCUGCCCCCCAUGCCCGGGAGCUAUCGUCGUCUUCAAGCUACAGAUGCACAUGUUGAAUGGAGCUCUUCUCGCCCUGCUGUUUCCUGUGGUAAAUACGCGGCUGCUCCCCUUUGAAUUGGAGAUUUACUACAUUCAACAUGUGAUGCUCUACGUGGUACCCAUCUACCUGCUUUGGAAAGGAGGUGCGUACACCCCAGAGCCCCUCAGCAGUUUCCGGUGGGCCCUUCUCUCAACCGGCCUCAUGUUCUUUUAUCACUUCAGCAUCUUGCAGAUCCUGGGCCUGGUCACCGAAGUGAAUUUGAACAACAUGCUGUGUCCGGCCAUCUCAGACCCAUUCUACGGCCCCUGGUAUCGCAUCUGGGCCUCGGGACACCAGACUCUCAUGACCAUGACCCACGGGAAGCUGGUCAUCCUGUUCUCAUACAUGGCCGGGCCCUUGUGUAAAUAUCUGCUGGAUUUGCUCCGGCUUCCAGCCAAGAAAAUAGACUGAAGGUGCUUGUG